UUGCGCGAUCCACUUAUUCCUCGCUUCCAAUGCAUGCGUUGCCCACCACCAUCUACAUGUUCCUGGCCUCUCUUCUCCCAGCUUGUUCCUCUCUCUGUCUUCUCUUGUAUCCCGCGUCUCCGGCAAGCAAACGGCGCUAGCUCAGCGCCCUGCUGCACCCGCCCGCGCGGCCGUGUCAUGAGGAAGCUGUGCCCGAACCUGGACCGCGACGACUCCCUGGACACCGUGCUCGAGGUGCCCAUCCCCGAUGAGAUGCUCAUCAACGCCCCCGGCGCCGACAAGCGCCGCGGCGCCGGGGGCGCCAACAUGCGCGCCUGGCUCAAGAACCAGGCCUUCGAUCGCGCCACCGUCGACGGGCCUGCCUCCGCCACCGCGGAGCUCCAGCUGUUCCUCAACGUCGUCGGGUCGCCGCUCAUCCCCUGCCCCGUCCCGCACGACCGCGCUUUCAGCCGCUCCAUCCGCGACUCCUCUAUCCAAGCAUCGACAGCCAAGUACAUCAUCCAGCAGUACAUCGCGGCCACGGGCGGGCAGGCGGCGCUGCAGGGGGUGCGGAGCAUGUACGCCGUGGGGAAGGUGCGGAUGUGCGCUUCCGAGUUCCACCUCGGCGACCAGACGGUCACCGCCGCGCAGGGCCGCGCCGAGGUCGGCGGCUUCGUGCUCUGGCAGAAGACGCCCGAGGUCUGGUUCUUCGAGCUCAUAAUGGCCGGCCACAAGAUGAGCGCCGGCAGCGACGGCAAGGUCGCGUGGCGGCAGUCUGCCGCCGAGCACUCCCGCGUCUCGCGCGGCCCGCCCCGCCCCCUCCGCCGCUCUCUCCAGGUAACGGAAAGCGCCGAGGCACACGUGCGGGCACGCAUAGCGUUCAGCCAGAGGCGUCUUCCAUCGUGCUCCUUUGGUUAUUUGCAGGGCCUGGAUCCACGCUCCAUCGCGAACCUCUUCUCCGACGCGGUGUGCAUAGGCGAGAAGAUCCUCAACAACGAGGAGUGCUUCAUCCUGAAGCUGGAGGCUGGCGCCGCGACGCUGCGGGCGCGGAGCGCUCCGGCGUUCGACAUCAUCCACCACACGGUUUGGGGCUACUUCAGCCAGCGCACGGGGCUGCUCAUCCAGCUCGAAGACUCGCACCUGCUCCGCAUGAAGUCCGGCAAGGGCGCUCGCCGCAGCGAGAACAUCUUCUGGGAGACCAGCAUGGAGUCCGUCAUCUCCGACUACCGCUACAUCGACGGCAUCAACAUCGCGCACGGCGGCCACACCAACGUCACGCUCUUCCGCUACGGCGAGGGAUCCGUCAACCACAAGCGGAAGCUGGAGGAGACAUGGACGGUGGAGGAGGCCGAUUUCAACGUGCACGGCCUCACCACGGACUACUUCCUGCCGCCGGCCGACCUCAAGAAGGACGACGAGGAUCACAAUAAGUGAUGGGCUAGCGUUUGAUUUCACUCAUUAAUCGGAGGGCAUAGAAAUGCAUUCAUCCAGAGGAUUUCUUUUAUAGGGGGUGGCGGUAGUUCUUUGUUCUUUCAUUUCCCUCGUUUUCUUUUUCUGGUUUGAAUUGCAGGGAACUACAUGGUUAAACCAUGUACAUAGCACAAUAGAUAUAGGGACUGGGUAGCUUGAUUAAGUUCUUUAAUUUUGGUUGGCACUUUUUUAUGAAACAUCUAUAGUGUGACUAA